UUUUAUUAAUAUUUUUAAUUUCAAUUUUUAAAAUUACUAACAACUUAAUUUUAGCGUCGGAACAUGAGACACCGGACAUCUAAUGUUCAAAAGAUAUAGACAUUUUAGAUCCUACAAUCGAAAACAAUCAAAGGAAAUAAAGUUUCAAGAAAAUGACGUCGUGGAAACCAAGAGGUACAUCUUCUUAUCACAAGCUUCCUAAUGAUGAAAAUAUUUUACACGAUGAAAAUGACAGAAUGGUUUCAAAUCUAUCCACAAAGAUAUCUACGUUAAAAAAUAUAGCAAUUGAAAUUGACAAAGAAGCAAAAUAUCAAAAUGAGUUUGUUGGAGGAAUGGCUGAAGAUUUUGAUAGUGCUGGUGGUUUUCUUGGUAGCACCAUGAAACGCUUAAACACAUUAGUUUCAUCAUCUUCAUCAAACCGAAAAUUAAUGUGUUAUCUUAUCAUCAUUUUAGUUGGCACUUUUUUUGUUCUGUAUUUCAUUACUGGGAUACUAAGGAAGUAAUGGUACGAAAAGCUUCUACAGAGAUUCCUUAAACAACUAUUGGUUGUUAAAACCUUCAACAAACAAAGCAAUAAGAUUAGCGUGUCAAACUUGCAAGAUAUGAUUGGUUGAUAUUCGAUUGAUAUAAAAAUUGAAAUCAAGUUAUGAAAAUAACAAACAUCUUAAAGAAAUAAAACGAUUUGAAAAAUGAGAAAUAUACAAAUCAAAGUUUUUUGUUUUUUUUUAUUAUCUUAUAUUUUUAUUUAACGGCAUGGUUCUGAUUCAAAUAUUAUAUAACCUGUUAGUCAGGUUUUAACGCAAUUAUUUUAUUUAUUUUAAUAAUAUUUUUUUAUCAUCAAGGUAUAGAGUUAUUUAUUUGAAUUGUAAAUCAGAUAUUAGUUUAAGUUGUUAGUAUACAAAUGUUUAAUAAUAUUAUAUUGAACCCAUUUUUGU